GCCACGGAGCGAAGUCCGAAUCCGAGCCGUUUGAUUCGUCGCGCGCCUUUAAUUGCUCCAGCUGUGCCAACCCGUCACCACCACCACCCCCACUUCUCCCUCUCAAUUCACCAACGAGACCGAAGAAGAAGAAGAAGAAGAGAGAGAAAGAAGAGAGAGAGAGAGAGUGAGAGAGAGUGAACUCCCUCGACCUCGAACCCUGCGAGAUGAUUUAAAUUCGGAAAAUUCAAGUAUUCAACUCCUCUCCUUGUAAUACGCAUCGGUUAUCUCUCCCUCUCCCCAACCGAGCUAUUAAAAAAAAAAAAAAAACACACAAAGUAUAGUGUUUGUGUUUGUGGGGGAGAACGAGAACGAACACUGUUUGUAUGUAUUAAUUCCUACCACCCAACCCCAAAAACCUUUCUUUUUUUUUUUUUUCUUUUUCUCGUAUCAGCGCCCCAAUAUUUGCCGAUAUUUCCGAGCGCGGCUCCUGCGAGAGGAGAAACCACCAAAAGAGCUCUUUUUGAGCGCCCAAAACCAUGCCUUUUAGCCCCAAAACGCAUGCCCAUUUGUCGGUUUCUUAUUGUUGUUGUUGUGUUGCGGUGGGAGGAGUAGAGCACUUGGUUUGAGCUCGCAGAAGAGGGGAGAAAACAAAAAAACAAGACAAAAAAGGGAAAGAAAAAAUGGAUUUUGGCGACGACCAAGAAUGCUCGGAUGCGCAGAGGAAGAAGAAGAGGUACCACCGCCACACUCCGAUGCAGAUACAGAUGCUCGAGGCGAUGUUUAAGGAGUGCCCGCACCCUGAUGAGAAGCAGAGGAUGCAUCUAAGCAGGGAGCUGGGGUUGGAGCCUCGGCAGAUCAAGUUUUGGUUCCAGAAUAGGAGGACCCAGAUGAAGGUUCAGCAUGAGAGGGCCGACAACUCCACUCUGCGGUCGGAGAACGACAAGAUUCGGUGCGAGAACAUCGCGAUGCGCGAGGCGCUCAAGAACGUCAUCUGCCCCUCCUGCGGCUCCUACUUCGACGAGCAAAAGUUGCGAAUGGAGAAUGCUAGAUUGAAAGAAGAGCUCGAUCGAGUUUCCGGCUUGACAUCGAAGUAUCUCGGAAGACCCAUCACUCAGCUUCCUUUGAUUCAACACUUGGCUGCUUCGUCAUUGGAUUUAUCGGUCGGGGCGCUUGGAAACCCCACAAUUGCCCCUUCGCUCGACCUUGAUCUCCUCACCGGGAGUGGUUCUGUCACCGUUCCGCAUUUCCCGACGGCGGUGCCUGAGAUUGAGAAACCUAUUAUGGUGGAGAUGGCUACUAAUGCAAUGGAGGAGGUGAUUAGGCUCGCGCAAACUGAUGAGCACUUGUGGGUAAGGAAUGGCGGUGACAGAGGAGAGGUCAUGUGUAUUGAAACCUAUGAUAGGAUGUUCCAGAAGCCCGAUGACCGGUAUAGGGAUCCGGAUAUCCGCAUAGAGGCCUCAAGGGAUUCGGGCUUAGUGCUCAUGAAUGCAACGGCGUUGGUCGAUGUUUUCAUGGACGCGGGCAAGUGGUUGGAAUUCUUGUCCGCCAUUAUUUCCAAGGCUAGGACGCUCGAAGUCCUCGCGACUGGGAUGGUUGGAAGAAGCGGAUCGUUGCUUUUGAUGUAUGAGGAACUGCAUGUGCUAUCGCCGGUUGUGCCCACGCGCGAGUUCCACUUCCUGCGUUACUGUCGGCAAAUCGAUCAGGGUUUGUGGGCUAUAGCCGAUGUUUCGCUAGACUUAAAUAGAGAGAAUCAGUUCAAUUCGCCUUUGCGGUCUCGGAGGCUCCCUUCCGGCUGUUUGAUUCAAGAUAUGCCCAAUGGAUACUCCAAGGUUACUUGGGUGGAACACAUGGAAAUUGAAGAGAAAGUUAGCACUCAUCUACUCUAUCGGGAACUCAUCAACAGUGGGGCGGCAUUCGGAGCUCAACGAUGGCUAACCACUUUGCAGCGAACAUGCGAAAGAUUUGCAGGCCUAAUGGCUACUACCUCUAGGGAGCUCGGAGGAGUUAUUCCCUCGCCGGAGGGGAAGAGAAGUAUGAUGAAGCUCUCGCAGAGGAUGGUCAACAACUUUUGUGCUAGUUUGAGCUCAUCCCAGAUCCAGCGGUGGACGAUGCUAUCCGGGUUAAGCGACGUGGGUGUUCGCGUCACAGUUCAUCGAAGCUCGGAUCCUGGCCAGCCUAGCGGCGUCGUUCUGAGCGCUGCGACCUCGUUGUGGCUACCAAUGUCGUGCGAGAGGGUCUUCUCUUUCUUCAGAGAUGAAAAUAUGCGGCCUCAGUGGGAUGUUCUCUCGAGUGGCAAUCCGGUGCAAGAAGUUGCUAGGAUAUCAAACGGUUCGGAUCCAGGGAAUUGUAUUUCGCUACUUCGAAACUUUACACUAUUUGGAAAUCAAACACAGGGACUGAAUUCGAGCCAGAGUAGCAUGCUGAUACUACAAGAGAGCUGCACUGACGCGUCGGGCUCUCUCGUGGUCUACGCACCCAUAGACAUCCCGGCCAUCAACAUCGUGAUGAGCGGCGAGGACCCGUCGAACAUUGCGCUCCUCCCCUCCGGGUUCACCAUUCUUCCUGACGGUCGAGCUGGUGGGGUUAGAGGGGCCUCGACGAGCUCGAGCGCGCACCAAACCGGGUUCAAUUCCUCUGGUUCGUUGCUCACCGUUGCGUUUCAGAUACUCGUCAGCAGCCUCCCCUCGUCCAAGCUCAACGUGGAGUCGGUGGCGACGGUUAAUAACCUCAUAAGCACAACUGUGCAGCAAAUAAAGGCUGCUUUGAAUUGCCCCAGUGGCUGAUAUUGAAUCUCAGCUGCAGCACAUCAGAUGAAUUUCAGUGGCUCUUUGAUGCGGGAAUCGAAUUAAAGUGGAGGAGAUUUUUAAUUGGUUCUUUAUUUUCAUUUCUUUUUAACUUUUUUGGGUUGGUUGGGAUCUUCAAUGAGCUCAUCAAAGAGCUGGAAUUAACUGUGGUGUGCUUGCAGCUUCUGCUGCUGCUGCUGCUGCUGCUGAUUCUGCUGAUGCUGAUGCCAUAUAUAAAUAUGUUUCUCUCUUCAUAAAGAUGAAGUUCAAAGGGGUUCUUAACAAGGGUCGUGUUGCAUUUACGCUUAGGAAGCUUUUAAAAAGGAAGUCAAGAACGCACCAUGCUUGUCUCUUUUCCUUGCUCUCGAUAACUCCUCGAUCCCUUUUUUUCGCUUCCUUUUUUUUAUUUUUUUUAGCUUAGUCCAUUUUCUCACUCUUAUCUAUGUCUGUAUUUCUCUCCCUACAUGAAGCAAGGAUGUGUGGUUCGGGUAUUGACUUCUGUUCAUUAACAUUAACUGAUGAGCAAUUCGUACAGUUCCUAAAGUUCGAGAAA